GCUCUCUGUCAUGGCAGCGCUACGGUUCUUGCCCCGGCUGCUGCCGGUGUCUCGGACUCGGCUGGUCCGGUCCCACUCGGCCAGUGCCUCCGGCUCCGUGCCCGAGCGCAUCGCCGAGAAGCGUCGCGCCGCGCUGCUGGGGGGCGGCCAGGCCCGUAUCGAUUCGCAGCACAAACGGUAUCCUGGAGACAGUGUGGUAACUGGCCAGGGCCGGAUUAAUGGGAGACUGGCUUAUGUCUUCAGUCAGGAUUUUACUGUAUUUGGAGGGAGUUUGUCCGGUGCUCACGCCCAAAAGAUCUGCAAGAUCAUGGAUCAGGCUGUCAUGGUUGGGGCUCCUGUAAUUGGGUUGAAUGACUCUGGAGGAGCCCGUAUCCAGGAAGGAGUAGAGUCUUUGGCUGGCUAUGCUGAUAUCUUUUUGAGAAAUGUUCUGUGCUCAGGAGUAGUCCCACAGAUCUCCCUCAUCAUGGGUCCCUGUGCUGGUGGAGCAGUCUAUUCGCCUGCUUUAACAGAUUUCACAUUCAUGGUGAAGGACACAUCCUAUCUUUUCAUCACUGGCCCUGAUGUAGUCAAGUCUGUUACCAAUGAAGAUGUUACCCAGGAACAGCUUGGGGGAGCAAAGACACACACUGCAGUAUCAGGGGUCGCACACAGAGCCUUUGAGAAUGAUGUAGAUGCUUUGCUCAAUCUCAGGGAGUUCUUUAAUUACCUACCUCUCAGUAAUCGUGAUCCAGCCCCUGUUCGCAAAUGCCAUGAUCCUAGUAAUCGCCUGGUUCCUGAGCUGGACACAGUUGUCCCAAUGGAGUCUACUAAAGCCUAUGAUAUGGUCGACAUUGUACAUUCGAUUGUUGACGAAAGGGAAUUCUUUGAAAUCAUGCCCUCCUAUGCUAGGAACAUGAUUGUUGGAUUUGCAAGGAUGAAUGGAAGAACUGUUGGAAUACUGGGUAAUCAACCCAAAGUGGCAUCAGGGUGUUUAGACAUAAAUUCUUCUGUGAAGGGAGCCCGUUUUGUUCGAUUCUGUGAUGCUUUCAACAUUCCUCUGAUCACUUUUGUGGAUGUUCCUGGAUUUCUACCAGGCACAGCUCAGGAAUAUGGAGGAAUCAUACGUCAUGGUGCAAAACUACUGUUUGCCUUUGCAGAAGCAACUGUGCCCAAAAUUACUAUCAUCACCAGAAAGGCUUAUGGGGGUGCAUAUGAUGUGAUGAGUUCAAAACAUUUACGAGGAGAUGUUAAUUAUGCAUGGCCUACAGCAGAGGUUGCAGUAAUGGGUGCAAAGGGUGCUGUCCAGAUCAUUUUCAGAGGAAAAGAAACAGAUGCAGAGGCAGAAUAUGUGAAUAAGUUUGCAAAUCCCUUCCCUGCGGCUGUCAGAGGGUUUGUUGAUGAUAUCAUUGAACCUUCUACCACUCGAGUCCGCAUUUGCCGUGAUCUGGAAGUGCUGGCUAGCAAAAUGCAAUCUAAUCCCUGGAAGAAGCAUGCGAACAUUCCACUGUGAAUAUGAUGAAGAAUUGGCUACAAAAUGAAGCCACUUUUGCGACACGGGGAAGUGUUCUGAAUACAUAUAUUCCUUAGCUAAAGUGGAGAACCUGAACUUAGCACUAUGAACAUUUCUUUUAAUUUUAAUUUGCUUAAGUAUUAUAUAGCAAUAAAUUUUGAGAGAAUGGUUUUAUCUGGUAUUACAUGAUUACUUUUAAUUAACAGGUUCUUUAUUUAGACAACAGUCCUGAAAUUGCUUCCUCCUUAGAAGUCUUGAGUCCAAAUGGAUUUCAAGACCUCAUGGUCUGAUCAUCUGCAAUGGAGACAGGGAAGGAAUGUCCCUUGAGUCCAUUGGCUUUCUAUCGUUGUUUGGCACAGACAGAAAGGGCUCCAAUAGAGAAUCAUGCCUUUGGAUCCAGUCAGACUUUGGUAUAGUUGAGAUUUGGGCAGGACAACGAUCUGGGAACGGUGCAUCAUCUCUGGAUCCUGGCCUAUUGGUUCUGUCCCUGCCUUACAGAACCCAUCAUAUUUGUUAGGCAAAACUCCCAGUAUGCUCCCUCUAAUGGUGCUGAUGGUGGGGUUCUUGAAGCAUUGGGAACCAUCCUGAAUGCAGUCUCGAGAAAUUUGCUCUUGGGCUCCAUAGCUUCACUUCCUCUGAUAUUCUCUCCAGAGCAGCUGGCUUUAUGCACCUAUUGAAGCAACACUCUUUGGGUAAUAUUGUAUUCUCAUAUGUGGGUGUAAUAACACUUGGUGGGUAGAAACUUAAUUGUUUGUCUAGUUAAAGUUGGAUUUAAUGAAGAGGGUAAAAUGUGCUAAAGUAUCUGACAUUGCUCAAUCCACUGUUACUUUUAUCACAACUUUCUAUUGCUUUUUGUGGCAAGAGCCUGACAGAAAGUAAAUUAAUAUACAACAGUGGAAAUUAGUGAUGGCUAAUUGAAAAUAAACAAGGUAUGAAAAUUACUGCACUUCAACAUGCAGAUUUGUGCAUUUGGGGAAUUUAAAUAGCACACUGACUGGUGUUUUCAGUGCUUUGUGUGUAUGGGACUGGUGCCUUGUUCCUGUGGGUGUGAUGAUGCAGAUUGUCAGGAAUCAGGACCUACAGCAGAUCCAGUCUCUGGGCAACCUAACAAGCACUGCCAGCCUGUAGUAGGCUGCCUGAUUGACUUCACUGCCUGAGUGUGGGAAGAGCCAGCAGACAGGCUCUUAAAUACAGCGGCUGCUCAAAGCAUUUGCCCACAGCUGUGGUAGCUCCUGCACCUGCUUGUUCCCAGUCUUGCUCCCACCUUGUUCCAGCCCUGAUCCGGUCUUUCCCCAGUCUUGCUUUGCUUCAAGUAACAGGCUUUUGACACUCAGCUCUGAUUCCUAUCUUUUUUUACUCUGGCAUUUGGCUUUUGACUCUUGUUCUGACCCUGAGCUCCAAUUCCUAGCCUCUGACUCCAGCUCUGACCCUGAGCUCCAAUUCCUGACUACAUACUCCUGUUCCAACCAGUAGACACAACUACCAUGUCCUGGUUUGUAACACAGAUAUAGGUGCCAUGUGUGAGGAUGUUGGCAUUGUUUAAAUUGUGUGAUUUUUCACUUUUUAAUUUUCAUGUAUAAGGUUUAUUUGUUGUAUGUAUGACACUGAGAAAAUGAAAUUAAAAUCCACAAAUAAAGGGAA